CCGCCUCGCGCUGGGACUGGGAGCGCUGCGGGAGGCACUGAGGUAGAGAAGGCACUGCGCUCGGGCUACCCAAUGCGUGGACUAUCUGCCGCCGCUGCCGGUGCAAUAUGCUGGAGCUCCAGAACAGCUAAACGGAGUCGCCACACUGCUGCCUGGGCUGGAUCGCCGCGCUGCCUUUCCUUAUGAAGAAGACACAAACUUGGAUUAUCACUUGCAUUUAUCUCCAACUGCUCCUAUUUAAUCCUCUCGUCAAAACUAAAGGGAUCUGCGGGAGUCGUGUGACUGAUGAUGUGAAAGACGUCACAAAAUUGGUGGCAAAUCUUCCAAAAGACUAUAAGAUAUCCCUCAACUAUGUUCCCGGGAUGGACAUUUUGCCUAGCCAUUGUUGGAUAAGUGAAAUGGUGAGACAAUUGACAGUCAGCUUGACUGAGCUUCUGAGCAAGUUUUCAAAUAUUUCUGAAGGCUUGAGUAAUUAUUCCAUCAUAGACAAACUUGUGAAGAUAGUGGAUGACCUCGUGGAGUGUGUGGAGGACCACUCAUCUCCGCAUGUAAUAAAAGGAUCUAAGAACCCAGAGCCCAGAUUAUUUACUCCUGAAGAAUUCUUUAGCAUUUUUAAUAGAUCCAUAGAUGCCAUCAAGGACUUUAGGGUGACAUCUGAAACUAGUGGUUGUGUGCUUUCUUCAACAUUAAGUCCUGAGAAAGAUUCCAGAGUCAGUGUCACAAAACCAUUUAUGUUACCCCCCGUUGCAGCCAGCUCCCUUAGGAAUGACAGCAAUAGCAGUAAUAGGAAGGCUGAAAAUUCCAUUGGAGACUCCAACCUACAGUGGGCAGCCAUGGCAUUGCCAGCAUUCUUUUCUCUUGUAAUUGGGUUUGCAUUUGGAGCCUUCUACUGGAAGAAGAAACAAUCAAAUCUUACAAGGGCAGUUGAAGACAUACAGAUCAAUGAAGAGGAUAAUGAAAUAAGUAUGUUGCAAGAAAAAGAAAGAGAGUUUCAAGAAGUGUAAUUGUGGCUUGUAUCAACACUGUUGCUUUCGUACAUUGGCGGGUAACAGUUCAUGUUUGCUUCAUAAAUGAAGCAGCUUAAAACAAAUUCAUAUUCUGUCUGGAGUGACAGACCGCAUCUUUAUCUGUUCUUGCUACCCAUGACUCUAUAAGGAUGAUUCAGAAAUUGGAACAAAGUGUUUUACUGUGAAACUGGCACUGAAUUAAUCAUCUGUAAAGAAGAACUUGCAUGGAGCAGGACUCUAUUUUAAGGACCUGGAGGAUUUGUGGUCUCAUUAAGGACUUAAGACUGGUGUUGGGAAAGAAAGCACGUGUCUCAGACAGUACACACCAUUUGCAUGCCUCCAGAAAUGUCUAAUUGCUGAAAAAAACACAGAGCUUUAUUUCUCAGCUAUAACCUGCAUCCGUAGUUAUCCUGGUCUCUGCAAGUAGAUGGUCAGCCUGGAUAAUGGGGGUAACAAUUUUUGUCUCAAAGGGAUCUAGAAAAAGAUUUAAAAAAACAAAAACUCAGUUGAAUCAGCCACUGUAUAAUACAGAAAGCAAUGGGAACUAAGUGAUAGGAGUAGGCAACAGGUCAGCCUUGUAGCUGCUGAUUAACGAUAGAGGUCUGAUUAUGAUCUCUUCCUGACAUAAACCAUGCUCAACCAUAUC